AAGGGCGCUUUGUCCAUGCUCAGAAGCACCCAGCCCUCAUUCUGCACACUCAAAAGCGAAGCACUUCAGGGCAGGUUCUGCUUCGGCGGAGGAGAGAAGGACAGCCCUCUGCCCACGGCCAGAGGCACCGUGGGCGGGCACGGCAAGCAGCGCCUGGCUUUUAAGGGCAGGCCCCUCUCGGAGGGAGCGCGCGCGAGGGGAAGGCGCUCGGGGAGGCGGAGUCCGGCGCUUGGGCCUAGCCGCCUCCCUCAGCCAUGGCGCGCUUCGGCGCGGGCUUCGCCUACGACGACGACGGGGAAAGCCUGGCCUCCGGAGCCGGAGCAGCAGGAGCCGGGGGACUGGGAGGCUUCGGCGGGGGCGACCGGCUGGCCCGUCAGCAGGAGCGCCACUACCAGCUCCUCUCCGAGCUGCAGGCCCUCGUCAAGGACCUGCCCAGAGAACCUAAAAUCUCAAAAGCCUCAAAUAUUGCAUAGGGGAGCAAAAAAAAUUCUGAUGUUUCCGCUGGAGCUGUUUAUGCUGCUGAAAAGUUCUUCCCAGCAGAGGCUGUCCUAUACCAUCCUCAAUGACCUGGCCAUGGCACUCAUUGAUGGGACGGUCUUUGAGAUCGUCCAGGGCCUGCUCGAUAUCCAGCACCUGAUGGAAAGAAACCUCUACAACCAGCGGCUCAAGCUCCACAACGAGCACCGAGUUCUCAAGCAGGAGAUGCUGUAUAAGCACAAGGAAGCCCAGCAAGGCUGCAAGCCUCACAACUUGCCUCUUCUCAAAGCAGCUCAGCAGAGGGAGCUGGAGGCCCUGGAGCAGCGGAUUCAUGAUGAGCAGCAGAUGAUGGACGAGAAGAUUGUCCUGGAACUGGAUCAGAAAGUUGUUGACCAGCAGAACACGCUGGAGAAAGCUGGCGUCUCUGGCUUUUAUAUCACAACAAACCCGCAGGAGCUGACUCUCCAGAUGAAUCUGCUGGAGCUGAUCCGAAAACUGCAGCAAAAGGAAUCGCAAUCUAGAAAGCCUUUCUCCUGAGCAAAGGACAGAAGGGCACAAUAACUGCUCUUCCCCCCUCUCCCUCUUUUCUAGCCACGAUCCUCUGUGGGAGAGGUGCUGAACGAAAUUACUCAGUGUUUUUAUAUAGAUACAUAAAGGCUGGCACAGCCAGUUCCCUUUCCAGAACUCAGAAGAAAAGAGGCUCAGUAGGCUGGGGGAGGAGAGUUGCCCCCUUUUUUCAGUGUGGGGUGGAAGCAGGGUUGCUGCUGUCUUAACAGCCAAGGAAGCCCCAAAGUUCAGUUUGACUCUGUGUUUGUUUGUUUGUUUGUUUGUUUAUCUUGUUUUUUUAAAAUAUAUAUAUGCACACACGACACACA